UCGUCAUCAAAGAUACUAACUUAACUUGCUCUCAAAGCUGAGCUUUCAUAUUUUGUAGGUAUAUAGUACGUGCCUUUUUCGUUCAGCCGCCGGCACUGGUGGUGCUAGCUCCUUACUGCAGACGAGAUGGUUGUUCACGGCGGCGACCCCGGUAGGGGUCGUCUAAUGCCACGCCACGUCGUGGCGGUACUUGUCGUGUUAGCCGCUUUUAGUGUGGUGUCGGGGGAUCCUUAUAUUUACUCAUCUCCGCCUCCGCCCUCUCCUUCUCAACCACCGCCUUAUUAUUAUAAGAGUCCUCCACCUCCGUCGCCUUCGCCGCCUCCACCGUAUCACUAUAAUUCCCCACCACCACCGGUAAAAUCACCUCCACCUCCCUAUUACUAUAAUUCUCCACCACCUCCUAAAAAGUCUCUGCCACCACCAUAUUACUACCAUUCUCCACCACCACCUAAGAAGUCCCCGCCACCACCAUAUUACUACCAUUCUCCGCCACCGCCUAAGAAGUCUCCGCCACCACCAUAUUACUACCACUCACCUCCACCGCCUAAGAAGUCCCCACCACCACCAUAUUACUACCACUCACCUCCACCACCUAAGAAGUCUCCACCACCACCAUAUUACUACAACUCUCCGCCACCUCCUAAGAAGUCUCCACCACCACCAUAUUACUACCAUUCUCCGCCACCACCUAAGAAGUCUCCACCACCACCGUAUUACUACAACUCUCCGCCACCUCCUAAGAAGUCUCUACCACCACCGUAUUACUAUAACUCUCCGCCACCUCCUAAGAAGUCUCCACUCCCACCAUAUUACUACCAUUCUACGCCACCACCUAACAAGUCUCCACCACCACCAUAUUACUACCAUUCUCCGCCACCUCCUAACAAGUCUCCACCACCGCCGUAUUACUACAACUCUCCGCCACCUCCUAAGAAGUCUCCACCGCCACCAUAUUAUUACCAUUCUCCGCCACCACCUAACAAGUCUCCACCACCACCGUAUUACUACCAUUCUCCGCCACCUCCUAAGAAGUCUCCACCACCACCGUAUUACUACAACUCUCCGCCACCUCCUAAGAAGUCUCCACCGCCACCAUAUUAUUACCAUUCUCCACCACCUCCUAAAAAAUCUCCACCACCCCCAUAUUACUACAACUCCCCGCCACCUCCUAAAAAAUCUCCACCGCCACCCUACUAUUACAAGUCUCCACCACCUCCUAAAAAAUCACCACCGCCACCAUAUUACUACCACUCUCCACCACCUCCCAAUAAAUCUCCACCACCACCUUACUACUACAAGUCUCCCCCACCUCCUAAGAAAUCUCCACCGCCACCGUAUUACUACAACUCUCCACCACCACCGGUGAAAUCACCUCCACCUCCGUACCAUUACAACUCUCCACCUCCACCAGUUAGAUCUCCUCCUCCGCCGUACUACUACACUUCACCACCCCCACCUGGACGUCAUCACGGCUUAAUUCUUAAAGUUGUAGGAAAAGUGUACUGUAUCCGGUGCUAUGACUGGGAAAACCCACACAAAUCACAUGACAAAAAACACCUCAAAGGUGCUGUGGUUCAAGUAACAUGCAAGGUAGGUAAGAAGCAACUAAAGUGGUAUGGAGCCACCAAAAACAAUGGGAAAUUUAGUGUAGAAGUGGAAGGUUUUGAUUAUGGAAACUAUGGAGCAAAGGCAUGUAGUGCCAAGCUUCAUGCACCACCCAAGCAUUCCAAAUG